AUGAAUCUGCGAUACGAUGGACAGGUGGUGGUCGUUACUGGGGCUGGCUCUGGGCUGGGUAAAGCCUAUGCCAAGUUCUUUGCCACCAGAGGCGCCAGUGUGGUCGUGAACGACCUUGGAACGUCUGUAAGAGGCGACGCUCAGGGUUCCAAGACCGCAGAUGUAGUCGUUGGCGAAAUUAUUGGGGAUGGUGGCAAAGCGGUGGCGGAUCACCACUCAGUCGAAGACGGAGCCGCUAUAGUUGAAACGGCAAUUUCAUCCUUCGGUCGUAUCGAUGUUCUCAUCAAUAACGCUGGAAUCUUGCGUGAUGUGAGCUUCAAAAACAUGACAGAUGCCGACUGGGACUCGGUUCAGAACAUUCAUAUGAGAGGUGCGUACAAGACGACUCAGGCCGCAUGGGUUCAUUUCCGCAAACAAAAGUUUGGCAGAGUCAUUUUGACCUCAUCUGCUGCUGGUCUGUACGGCAACUUUGGUCAGUGUAACUAUGCUGCGGCCAAGUCCGGCUUGAUCGGCCUCGGCGAGACUCUAGCCAAGGAGGGACUGAAAUACAACAUCUUGACAAAUAUCGUGGCUCCGGUCGCCGCUAGUCGCAUGACAGCCACGGUGAUGCCACCGGAUCUACUUCAGCAUCUUACACCAGACUGGGUUGUGCCGCUGGUUACACUCCUAACUCACCACAGCAACACUUCCGAGAAUGGUUCCAUUUUUGAGGUCGGUGCAGGACAUGUUUCAAAGAUCCGAUGGGAAAGGUCGAAAGGAUCCAUUCUUAGGUGUGAUGAGACCUUGACUCCUGGCGCUGUUCUUGAGAAAUGGCACGAGAUUAACGACUUUACAAUUCCUGACUAUCCUUCCACCACUGCCAACUUGGUUGAGCUCCUCAAGCAUUCACAAAAGCUUCCACCUAAUACACAACAGGAGGAUUUGCGAUUUGAUGGAAGAGUUGCCGUCGUCACUGGUGGAGGCGCUGGACUCGGUAGAGCAUAUUGCAUCGGACUAGCCAAGCUUGGGGCCUCUGUUGUCGUAAAUGAUUGGAAGGAUCCUCACAGAGUUGUGAACGAAAUCAUGUCGUUUGGAGGAGUGGCUGUCCCAGACAAUCACUCGGUAGAAGACGGUGAUGCUGUCAUCGAUACAGCGAUCCGUGCUUUUGGAAGAAUCGACAUAUUGAUCAACAACGCGGGCAUCCUACGAGAUAAAGCGUUCCAGAAUAUGACCGACAAGAUGUGGGACGACGUGAACAAUGUUCAUCUCCGUGCGACCUACAAGUGCGCCCGAGCAGCAUACCCCUUUAUGGUGAAGCAGAAGUACGGCCGAAUUGUGAACACAACGAGUACGAGUGGAACCUACGGGAAUUAUGGCCAGGCAAACUAUGCUGCAGCAAAAACAGCAAUUGUAGGCUUUUCCAGAGCCCUGGCUAUCGAAGGUCAAAAGAACAAUAUUGCAGUGAAUUGCAUCUCACCAUCAGCCGGUACCGACCUAACAAAGGGAGUUCUCCCCGAGGAGGUAGUCAGAUCUCGCAAGCCAGAAUACGUAGCGGCGAUCGUGCUGCUUCUCUCAUCAGACAAGGUUCCCGGUGACGCCAGAGGCAAGAUAUUCGAGGCUGGCUGUGGCUGGCACGCAGUGACGAGAUAUCAGCGAUCAGAUGGCUACGACUUCCCAAUUGACAGGCCUCUUACGCCGGAACUUGUGCUUGAGAAGUGGAGCGAAAUUGUGUCAUUCACCCCUGGCAAGGCAUCCACACCUACCGAUGCUGGGGAUACUCGCCGGCGUAUCAUGGCAAACGUUGCUAGAUUCGGGAAGGCCUCGCCGGACAACCAGAAGUGGCUCGAUGCUAUCAGAAUGGCAAAGAAAGCGAAGCCUCAGCUAACUGAGAUGAGCUUUACUGACAGAGAUAUCAUUCUGUACAACAUUUCCAUCGGCGCCAGCGUAUCUCAGCUACCCUGGGUAUUCGAAAAGCAUCCUGGCUUCGAGGUCAUCCCUUCUUACGGUGUGAUUCCAGGCACAACCGCAACUAGACCGUUCCAUCUGAAGGAUCUCGUGCCCAACUUCUCAUACAAGAAGCUUUUACAUGGGGAGCACUACCUUGAGAUCCACAAGUACCCCAUUCCCACUGCGGGGACCUUUGUAUCAGAGAGCAAACUCAUUGACGUUCUGGACAAGGGUAAAGCUGCGGUAGCUAUUAUAGGCACCACGACUCGUGACAAGACUACAGGGGAAGCUAUAUUCUAUAACGAGCUAACUCUCUUCCUACGUGGUGCCGGUGGUUUUGGUGGUCCAGCCACUAGAAGCGUCACAGGCAGGGGCGCAGGUGUACAUGUCAGCAUUCCUGAGGGGGAGCCUGAUCAAGUAGUAGAGGAGAAGACGUCUAGCGACCAAGCAGCUUUGUACCGUCUCAACGGAGACAGGAACCCCCUACAUAUCGACCCGACUGCCAGCGCCGCCGGGGGUUUUAAAGUGCCCAUACUUCAUGGCCUCUGCUCAUUUGGUAUCGCUACCAAGCAUGUAGUCUCAUCCUACGGCCCGAUCGUCAGUGUAAAGGUUAGGUUCACGGGGACUGUAGACCCUGGGCAAACGCUGCGGACCAGAAUGUGGCUGCAGGGCAAGCGUGUUGUCUUUCAGACCGAGGUCAAAGAGACCAGUAAGGUUUGUCUUGGAGGAGGAGUUGCGGUUCUUCGUAGCCCAGCCAAGACCCAUUUGUAG